AUGUCUAGGUAUCUAAUAGUUAAAAGAUUGAAUACUGAGCAAAAGGUGAUGGUUAAGCAAAUGGCUGCUGCUAGUUUUUAUCUUUGCCAAAUUUUAUUUAUCAUAUAUCAAAAUGAUCUAUCUUCAAUGGUUAUAUUUAAGACAGUCUACAACACACUACAAUCUAUUCAUCAAGAAAAGCUUGAUAGUUAUAUACCAGUUCAAGCCCUUUUUGAUAAAUUACAAGGAUCAGAUUUCGAGUUUAA